AAUAUAUCGAGAAAAAAGGCAGUUAAAUCGAAAUUUGAAAACGUUUACUUUACGCUGGAUUUGGUAGUGACGGCCAUCAGAUUGUCAAAAUUUAACUGACAGAACAUGACUCUGGCAUUGUUGCAGAAUUUGUGGCACAGAACGUGAUGCGUUAUCUAUGGUGAUGCAUUCUCGUCAUAGAUAAUUUCUCGUAAGAAGUAACACUGAUUCAGCUCCACCACACUCAAUAUCUAAGUUUCUAUAAAAACUAAGUUAAGUCUAAGUCUUUGCUAACACAACUCUUAUUCUUAGGAAAAAUUCCAAUCAGCUGUUUAAAAGCUUUUAAUGGAGCAAGGAUAUAAUACAAUUUUAAUAUCGGGUCUACCAGGUGUGGGUAAGACGACGUUGGUGCGAAAAAUAUGCGAUGAUCUUCGAGUAUCUUAUGAUUGUCGUGGCUUUAUUACGGAAGAAGUACGGAGUGAUCAGACGCUUGCUCGUGUCGGAUUUGAUGUAGUGACGUUGUGUGACAAGCGCUCGAUAUUGGCAAGAGAGCGCUGCGCAAAUAAUGAACGAAUGGCGAAAUUGGGAAAAUAUUCUGUUUACGUAAAUGAUUUCGAAAGACUUGUUCUCCCUCUGCUUGGCCACCCCAAUCCUAAACAAGAUCUUCUGGUGAUCGAUGAGAUUGGAAAAAUGGAAUUAAAAAGCAAAAAAUUUGAAAUUGCUGUAAGUGAGUUAAUUGAUAAAGUUCCAAUUUUAGCAACAGUACCACUCCAACAACGUGGGAAUCUUAAGCUUGUAGAAUAUCUGAAAAACUCCUCUAAAUCACGCUUGUUUGAAAUAAGUGUAAAUAACCGCGAUGACAUCAAGGAUGAAAUUGUAAAAUGCCUUAAACAACGGUUAGGAAAGCCUUCAAUAAAAAUAUGAACUUUUUAUUUUAAA